AUGGACACCGCCCUUUUCACUCACCUUUCCGCCAUCGAACAGUGUCUCAACGCCCUCGUCUCAUCCAUAUCUUCUUCCCCUACCGCCGCAGGCGCCCCGGCCGCGGCACUCGCCCUCCUCGAAGCCGACGACAACCUCACUUCGGCACUGGACACGCUGCGAACUCACCAGGCCAACUAUGCCAAAAUACUCCAACUACGCGCGGAUGCGAGUAGUUUAGAGGGAAGAGUGCGCGAGAUAGUCCAGGAGGUGGGCAAGAUGGGCGAUGACAUCUCCGCUCUAGCAGGCGGCGACGACGACGAAAGCGACGAGGAUGGCGGCAAUGCAAGCGAUGGAGAAGACACGGCAAUGGGCGGGAUGCGGCAGCAGAAGAACGAGAUCGACUACAAGCUCCUUCUCGAUUUUGCGCGGCGAAUCAGCAAAUACAACACCCACGCCGCGUCCGCCGCCGCCUCGGGCGCCAUCCCCACGAAGCGCCCGCUCCAGGAUGAACAGGAGGGACCACAGGGGCCAGGGAAAGACCGCGGCGAAAUGGCCACGAUAACCAAGAAUUCUACGUCGCAGUUGGAUGCGCUGGCAGAGUCCAUUCGGCAAGGGUGGCUUCUGCCGUAUCCCAACGAUGAUAAGAUUCGCAUGGGGGUGAUGGGGAAACUUCAGGCUGCUGUUGCGGCGAGCGGAGCCCGCGACGACCGGGAUAUCGAGAGAGAAGUUGACAAGGUGAUACUUGCGGUUGAAGCAGCUACGACAGGCGGGGCAGAUGCAGCAAAGACAGCGGAUGCUGUAAUCAGAGACGACUCAGUGGCUAAUACUUCUGGGCAAAUAUCCGGGCCAAGCGGACAGGCUGCGGCUGGAAGGACCAGCGCCGUGCUUAGCGGAAGUACGAUGAAGCCAGCGACUCAGGCGAAAGCAAAGCUGGAUCUGGAUCUAUAUGACCCCGAUGAGGACGACGGUCCUCCAACUUGCGGUCGGCUGGAAAUAGAAUCAUCAGCAAGAGAUAUAGGCCGGGAUAGCAAACGCGCACCACAAUACGGUCAGGCCCAUGUUCACCAUAAUGGCAGGGAUAAAGCCAUGCCGCACCGUCCACGGGGUGACGAACUUGCCGACGCCGUAGCCCCAGAGGUUCUUGUUCACAGUGAUGGUAACAAAGAUACUUCCCGCAACAGGCUUAUAGCUGUCGAUGGCAUAGGUGCUGAUAAUGGCGGGGAUGGCAGCAACUUGGAUACCUGCGCCUGUGUAGCCGAUGAUGACUAUUGCCUAAAAAGGCGACAUAUUAGCCACGUCGAUUCAGAGAUGAAGUAA